AUGUCUUCUCCUAGUCCAUCUUUUGAAGACGUUGUUCCUCUCUACGAAGACGUCACAUUGGUCGAUGUGUUCUACCCCAAAAGUCUGGAUUUGCCGUUUGACCAGCAAUUGCGCCACAAACCUCGUCCAAUCCUCCUACGCUAUCAUGGCGGUGGUUUGGCCGGUGGCUCCAGCUUGUAUCCUCCAUUCUUCAGCCCUUGGUAUCUUGAACUCGCCAAGGAGAACUUGGCCAUCAUUGUGUUCCCGAACUACCGACCGCUACUAGAGUCCUCUGUCAUGGAUAUUCUUGAAGAUGCGGAGGACCACUGGCAGUGGACACAUCGAGACAUGCCCCUCUUCCUUGAGCAGGAGACAGCAGGAGCCCUGCAGGCAGAUCUGAGCCGCAUCAUGUCCGUGGGUGAAAGUGCCGGAGGGUAUCUAAGUUUGCAGAUGGGUCUAAACCAUGCGUCCAAGAUUUGCGCAGUAAAUGCUGUGUAUCCUGUAGUGGACUUCAAGGCACCACGAUUUUGCAAUGGGCAGCAAAAACCAGUGUUCAAUAUGUCGCCAUUUCCCCGAAACUAUCUCGAGCGCCACAUGGAAGAGGUUAAGAGACAGGAAGCGCUCACGUAA